AGACCAUGGUAGAGCCAGUUCCUGAUUCCAUCAACUUUCCAUCUGAGGAGGAGCGUAUUCUGCAGUUCUGGAAGGACAAAGAUUGCUUUCAGGAAUGUCUGAAACAAUCAAAAAACAGGCCAAAAUACACCUUUUACGAUGGACCACCAUUUGCCACUGGCCUUCCCCACUAUGGCCACAUCCUUGCUGGCACCAUUAAAGACGUCGUCACCCGGUUUGCCCACCAGAGUGGCUUCCAUGUAGACCGCAGGUUUGGCUGGGAUUGUCAUGGGUUACCUGUGGAAUAUGAGAUCGAUAAGACCCUGGAUAUCAAGGGACCUGAGGAUGUGGCUAAGAUGGGUAUUGCUGAGUACAACAAUCAGUGCAGGAAAAUCGUCAUGAGAUAUGCUGGCGAGUGGGAGACGUCGGUGAAAAGAAUGGGCAGGUGGAUUGACUUCAAGAAUGACUACAAGACUCUCUACCCAUGGUUUAUGGAAACUGUCUGGUGGGUUUUCAAGCAGCUGUAUGACAAGGGUCUGGUCUACCGCGGGGUAAAGGUCAUGCCCUACUCUACGGCCUGCAGCACCCCCCUGUCCAACUUUGAAUCCAACCAGAACUACAAGGAUGUCCAAGACCCGUCUGUGAUUGUGAACUUCCCCCUGCUGGAGGACGAGAAUGUGUGUCUCAUCGCCUGGACCACCACCCCCUGGACUCUGCCCAGCAACCUGGCUCUGUGUGUCAACCCUGAGUUCCAGUACGUCAAGGUCAAAGACAACGCCACCGGGAAGGUCUACAUCAUGAUGGAGGCCAGGCUGGGAGGCCUCUUCAAGUCGGAGGGUGAAUACACGAUCCUCGACAAAUUCCCUGGGAAGACUCUGAAAGGGAAGAAAUACAAGCCCCUGUUUGAGUACUUCUACACCAAGUGCCAGGACAAAGGGGCCUACACUGUGGUGACGGACAACUACGUCAGAGAGGAGGAGGGGACAGGGGUGGUCCACCAGGCCCCCUACUUCGGAGCUGACGAUUAUAGGGUCUGCAUGGAAUUCAAAAUCAUCCAGAGGGAUGAUGCUCCUAUCUGCCCUGUGGAUGCUUCCGGAUGCUUCACUGCUGAGGUCACUGACUUUGCAGGACAAUAUGUGAAGGAUGCAGACAAAAACAUCAUCAAGUGGCUGAAGGAGAAGGGCCGCCUGGUCAACGCCAGCUCCUUCAAGCACAGCUACCCGUUCUGCUGGAGGUCGGACACGCCACUCAUCUACAAGGCUGUCCCCAGCUGGUUCGUCCGAGUGGAGCACAUGGUGGAGAAGCUCCUGGAAAACAACGACAAAUGCUACUGGGUCCCGGAGUUUGUGCGGGAGAGGCGUUUCGGUAACUGGCUGAGGGACGCGCGGGAUUGGGCCAUUUCUCGGAACCGUUACUGGGGCACGCCGAUCCCCCUGUGGGUCAGCGAUGACUUUGAAGAGGUGGUGUGCGUGGGGUCGAUGGCGGAGCUGGAAGAGCUUACCGGGGUGAAAGUAACCGAUCUGCAUCGGGAGAGCAUCGACGACCUCACCAUCCCGUCGCGCUGCGGGAAGGGGACCCUCCGCCGGGUGACGGAGGUGUUCGACUGCUGGUUCGAGAGCGGCAGCAUGCCCUAUGCGCAGGCCCACUACCCCUUCGAGAACCGCAAGGAGUUCGAGGACACCUUCCCCGCCGACUUCAUCGCCGAGGGCAUCGACCAGACCCGUGGAUGGUUCUACACGCUGCUGGUGCUGUCGACCGCGCUCUUCGGCAAACCGCCAUUCAAGAACGUGAUCGUGAAUGGACUCGUCCUCGCAAGCGAUGGGCAAAAGAUGAGCAAACGCAAGAAGAACUACCCAGAUCCUGGUCUGAUAGUGCAGAGCUACGGCGCUGACGCCCUGAGGCUCUACCUGAUCAAUUCUCCGGUGGUGCGGGCAGAGAACCUGCGAUUUAAAGAAGACGGCGUCCGUGACGUCCUGAAGGACGUGUUCCUGCCCUGGUACAAUGCCUACCGCUUCCUGAUCCAGAACGUUCAGAGGCUGCAGAAGGAGGAAGAUAUUGCCUUCCUGUACAAUGAGAACACCGCCAAGCAGAGUGGCAACAUCAUGGACAAGUGGGUCCAGUCUUUCACACAGUCCCUCAUCCAGUUCUUCAAGUCUGAGAUGGAUGCCUACAGGCUGUACACUGUGGUGCCCAAGCUCGUCAAGUUUGUGGACAUGCUCACUAACUGGUACGUGAGGACGAACCGCAGGCGUCUGAAGGGAGAGAGCGGGACCGAGGACUGCCUGUGGGCGCUGGAAACCCUCUUCAGUGUGCUCUUCUCCAUGUGCAGGCUUAUGGCUCCCUUCACGCCCUUCAUAACGGAGAUGAUGUACCAGAACAUGCGCCACCUCCUCCACCCCGACUCUGUGGAGGAGAAGGACGCCAGCAGCAUCCACUACCUCAUGCUGCCCCAAGUCAGGGAGGGUCUGAUUGACAAGCGCAUCGAGAGCGCCGUGCUGCAGAUGCAGUCCGUCAUCGAGCUGGGCCGGGUGAUCCGGGACAGGAAGACCCUGCCCGUGAAGUAUCCCCUCAAGGAGGUGGUGGUUAUCCACCAGGACCCCGAGGCGCUGAGGGACAUCCAGUCCCUGCAGAAGUACAUCCUCGAGGAGUUGAACGUACGCCAGCUCACGCUGUCCACCGACAAGGACAAGUACGGCAUCAGGCUGAGGGCGGAGCCGGACCACAUGGUGCUGGGCAAGCGCCUGAAAGGAAUGUUCAAGUCCAUCACCGCCUCCAUCAAGGAGCUGAAGAGCGAGCAGCUCGAAGCCUUCCAGAAGACAGGGUCCAUCGUUGUGGACGGAGAGGAACUCCACGAGGAGGACCUCCGGUUGAUGUACACCUUCGACCAGACCUCAGGAUCCGCCACGCAGUACGAGGCGCACUCCGACGCACAGGUCCUGGUUCUGUUGGACGUCACCCCAGACCAGUCGAUGGUGGAUGAGGGCGUGGCCCGGGAAGUCAUCAACCGCAUCCAGAAACUACGCAAGAAGGGCCGCUUGGUUCCCUCUGCUGAGAUCACGGUGUACUACAGUUGCGAGCCUGCUGGAGACUACCUGGACCAGGUGAUCCAGGCUCACACAGACUUCAUCCUGGCCACCACCAAGGCUCCCCUGAAGACCUACCCCAUCCCCAAGACGGCCAGCCUCAUCGUCCAGGAGAAAACCCAGCUGAAGGGCUCGGACCUGGACCUGACCAUCGUGAAGGGAGCAUCCGCGUCCAGGGCGCCUCUGGUGGGACCAGCCUGUGCCUUUGUCAACCUGAAGGUCAAGCUGAACAACAAAGAGCAAGAGGGGGUGGUCCUGUUGGAGAACCCUAAAGGGGACAACAAGCUGGACAUGGAGAAGCUCAAAUUUGUCUGCGGAAGCAUCUUUGGGGCUGGCAACACCCGACUCUGUGUGUUCAACGGCAAGACCGAGCUGACCAGUAAAUCGGACCUCCUGGCCCUCAAUGGGAAAACUCUGUCAGUGACUUCAGGAGGUUCCGCUCCCGGAGAGACGCCCAGCUCGGACUCGCUCGUCUGCCCCUACGUCAACCUCCAGCUCCUCGAUGCAAAACCAGCCGAGUGUCAGAGUGGUGACGUGGGCACCCUGCUGCUGGUCAACCCUGUGGGCCAGACCGGCCUGACCCACGCUGGCCUGCUCUCGGAGACCGCCAAGGUGUUCGGCCUCCGCAGCAGAAGACUCAAGGUCUACCUGGACCAGGACCUCACUGAGGAACUGCCUGCCAACUCCUCUGUGAAAACCCUAGACGCCAAGACGCUGUACGUCAAGGUUUUGUCAACGACUGCAGAAGCCUGAGCACGUCUGUAGGUUCAAGGGAAAUGAAUAAUGAAGUUUUUCCUCCCGGUCUUUCACACGAUAUACUAUAAUAAGCAAUGAAGUUGACAGUUUCCCAGUAUUCGAUGAGUGUUCUAAACUGUAUUUCAUUUGUCUAAAAGUGUCAAAUGUGCUCGUCAGCAUUCAUGCUCUGUCACCAGUAGGUAUCUGAAAUGCUGAGCGGAGGCCACUAUGGACUGCUGAGGUUACUAAUAAAACAUGUUUGGAGGAA